CAACGUUGUGAUAAGUAACACGUUUGUUGUUUGUACGGUUUGAAGUCGUUUCCAUGUUAGCCUAACCGGCCCAAACGACGAACACGAACACGUGACUUUUUAUUCAAAUGACUACUCAAUUUGUAUUUAGCAAUUAAUUAUUAAUCGCAUGUUUUGAUUCCAAAUUCCGAUGUCUUACAACAAUAAUAGAAACAGCUUUGGUCGUGGAGGCGGUGGUUUUAGAGGAGGCCGAGGUGAUGGAGGUGGCCGAGGAGGCGGAGGUGGCAAUUUCCGUGGUGGUGGCGGAGGCCGUGGUGGCGGAAGAGGUGGAUUCAAUAGAUUUGCAGAACAAGGACCUCCAGAAGAAGUUGUACCUCUGGGUUAUUUUACUCAUGCUUGUCAAGAUGACAUUAUUUGCAAGGCUGAAAUGGAAGAUGUUCCAUAUUUUAAUGCACCCAUAUAUUUUGCCAAUAAACAACAGAUUGGAAAAAUAGAUGAAAUAUUUGGAACAUACAGUGAUUAUUUUGUGUCCAUAAAGUUAAACUCUGAAAUUAAAGCAAAAUCUUUCAAAGGAGCCGACAAGUUAUACAUUGAUCCAGUAAAACUAUUACCAUUGAAGAAAUUUUUACCUCAACCUGGCGGCCAGAGAGGUAGAGGAGGUGGUGGCGGAAGAGGACGUGGUAGAGGUGGUGGCGGCCGUGGUGGCGGUGGUUUUGGACGUGGUGGCGGCGGCGGAGGUCGUGGAGGCGGUGGUUUCGGACGUGGAGGCCGUGGUGGCGGCGGAGGCGGUGGAGGACGAGGAUUUGGCGGUGGACGAGGAUUUGGUGGUGGCGGAGGAAGAGGAGGAGGAGGACGAGGUUUCAAGAGAUAAAAAUAAUAAUAAUAAAAAAAUUUUUGUAAUUAUUAAAUAAAUAAAUAUUUGUGUUAA